GCCCUCCCCCUCAUCCUUUACCUUCAUCAUGCCUACUCACCAUCUAAGAGUUGCAGUCUAUCAAUACUUUGGCAUAAAGACUGGUACACCAACAAAAAUGGCCAUCUCUUGAUCAUCUUUGGAUUGCUCCACCAAUAUUUUUUCACAAUAGUCUCCCUCUAUGCCCCCAAUUCUAACCCAUUGCAAUUUAUCGCGAAAUGCUUUGCUAAAAUCAAAGCCACACAAAACAGGCAGGCUGAUUAUCUGCGCUUCAGUUGUGUUCUAGAUCCAACAGAUCCACAUAAGAUGCUCACCCAGAUCCUCUCACACAGUAUGAUCUCCACGACACCCGGAGGGAAAUUGCUUCUUUUAAUUCGAAUCAGUGAAAUGGUCAUUAUAUUUGCAAUAAACCUUUAAGAUCACAAUGGCAGAAUUUAGGUGCACCUCACCCGGGAGGAUAGGAACCUGAGCCAGGUAAUAGGUCAUACUGUUUAAAAAAUGCCCCAUUGCCGGGUAACUCCUGACAUCAUAACUACUACAGCGGACUGUAAUGGUUGUGGUGCUUGGAGUAACCCUUUAAGCUUAAGUAAGAAUGAAUUUGUGUUUGCUGUCAUGUUUCUCUGUACCAUUAUUCUUCAUGUAAGGACUAUUUUUUUGACAAUGUGGAGUGGAAUUCAUGCUAUAUCCAUAGCAACAAGGGGAUAAUUCCAGAGACCGUGCAAGACAUUUGUUACCUUCAGUGAUCCCAUCAGGCCCACGCUAUUCAUCUGUUGGUAGUUAAGAUGUUAAUCCAAUCAGUAGCGUGUGGCAGGCCUCAGAUGCUAAAACUGUGUGGGGGGCUCACACGAGCCUUUCCUCCCAUCCUCCCAUCCCAAUCAGCUGUCCCCUUGUCGCUUGCUUUGUCAGGUGGUGCACAGAAGCACUCUCUGCAGAUUUGUGUAUCUCUUGUAUUCAUUACCCUCUGCAUCUAGCCUCUUGGGACCCAACCUCUUAAGAUCGCUGUCAGUUUAGUUUUCACUAUGAACUAAAGUGGUGGCCAGUACUCGACUGAGAACUUCUCCGAUUCCUAAGCUUUGCUGCUAAUACAUGAGGGUUUAUUUACUAAACAGUAAAUAUAUUUGAAUUAAAUACAGAACUGCAACAUUCAGGCUAAAAUAACUGAGCUGUCACUACAGCUGAGUUGGAAAUUUCCAAAUCAUCUGCUUUGUUAUAAAUUAACAGAUUUGGUUUUCAUUUUCUGUUUUAUGAUGGAACAUUAUUUUUAUUUUCCAUUUUAUAUAUUUUCAUAGAUGUAGUGGAAUGAUUUAUUUUAUCAAAAGGAUGAUGUAUUUAUGUUGUCAUGGUAAUCUCAGAUAAUGAGACUUGCUUAGUUGGACAGGUUUCCAUAAAGUAAUAUACGUGUCCCAUAGAUAGUGGACUAAAAUCGUGAUGAAAUUUGAAGUAUAUGCCUUUAUGAAACACAUUUUAUAUCCCUUUUUUUAAAUAAACUACAUGAGAUUGCACCCUUGAAAUGAUUCCUGUUCAUGCUCUUGAUAUCUGCAUUUGGCUGGGAAAUUAUAGAUACAGAUGGGUGUACCAGUAUUUAAUUACUUCUCUCUUAACCUGUCGGCCAAUAACAGAAUGUGACUGGUGUCGUAAUUAGGGCAGGAUUUAUAAAGUGGAAAGAUCUGCCUUUUCUCGCAGCUUGAACUAGUGAUGUGUCACAGAGCUACGUCCAAACAUGUGCCCCCCAAGGGCCCCAACAUGCAUUAAGAAUUCUUGGAUUGUUCUAGGAAGAGCUAACACACUCUCAACUGUUGUUGUACUGCAACUCCUAUGAAGCUUUGGGAGAUCUCCAUUAAAGGGACAUUCUGCUCCCUCCCCUCCUCCCAGAAACAAAAUGAAUGCAUUCAUUUAAUUAUGCUCCCCCCCCCUCAUUGGGUGUAUAUCUUGUGUCUUGUCUGAAGCCUUUGCACGCUCUCCUCUUUUUUGUAGCUGGCCAAUUACAGAUUUCUCAAUGAGAAGCCUUUGCAAGGCAACCAGGAAGUAAUAGGCCAGUUGCUUGACUGACAGCCAUGGGGGCUGUACAAGGCACCAGCACUCACACACACACUCUCUCUUUCUCACACACUCUCUCUCUCUCUCUCUCUCUCUCUCUCUCUCUCUCUUACACACUCUCUCUCUCUCUCUCUCGGGGAAAAAAUACACCCUCUUUGAAUUCUAUGGUUUUACAUAUAAGGACAUAACUGUCAUCUGUUCCUUAGCAGUUCUUAAAAUUAGGCAAAUACAUCCUCAGAUGAACAACACAUGGCAUAUUACACCGUGUCAUGAUUUAUUAAGCAAAAAUGGAGAAGCCAUGUGUUGGAAAAACCAAUUGGUUUUAGGUCUGGACUUUGACUCGGCCAUUGCAACACCUUGAUGCUUUCUUUUUCAGCCAUUCUGUUGUAGACUUUCUCCAAACAUGACACUGUGUAUUAUGGCCAGAUAUCUCCAAUUUGGUCUUGUCUGUCCAAAGGACAUUGUUGCAGAAGUCACAAAUCUAAAUCGUGCAGCCAUGUUCUUUUUAGAAAUAAAAAGCUUUCUCCUGGCAACCUCUCAAACUGUACUUGUUCAGUCUUUUUAUAAUUGUGCUGUCAUGAAGUUUAGCAUUUAACAUGCUACCUGAGGCCUCUAGAUCUGACAUGUAACUCAUGUUUUUUUUUUUUUAUAUAUAUAUAUUAUUAUUAUUAUUUUAUUAUUUAUAUAGCGCCAUCAGAUUCUUUAGCGCUGUACAAAGGGUGGACUAACAGACAUUUAAUUGUAACUAGACAACUCGACGUACAGGAACAGAGAGGUGGAGGGCCCUGCUCAAUGAGCUUACAUGCUUAUAAAUUUCUCUGAGCAUCACACGGUCUGACCUUUAGGUGAAUUUGCUGGGACGUCCACUGCUGGGAAGACUGUCAUCUGUCUUGAAUGUUUUCAACUUUUGAAUAAUCCUUCUCAUUGUAGAAUUAUGGACUUUACAUUGUUUGGAAAUGGUCUAAUAAUCCUUCCUGGUCUGAAGGGCAGCAACAAUCGUUUUUCUAAGAUCAUUGCUGAGGUCUUUUCUCCUUUGCAUUGUGUUAACACACACCUGAAUCUUCCAUACCAGCAAACUGCUAAAACUUCAGCUUUUAAAGAGGUGGUCACACUUGCUGAUGAUCAAUUCAUCAAAGGCAUUUGAUUAGCAGAACCUGUCUGCUACUUGGCUUCUUAAUUCUUUGGAAGCAGUAAAGGUGUACUUAGUUUCUCAAACAUGGCUUCUCCAUUUUGUCUUUACUUUUGCUAAAUAAAUCAUGACACUGUGUAUUAUGUCAUGUGUUAAUAAAUUUAAGACCUGCUGAUGAGGGACAAAUUACCUCCUGAUAUGUAAAACCGUAGAAGUAAAAAAAGGGUGUACUUUCUUUUUUUUCCCUGACUGUAAUUGACAACUUCUAUUGCAAUCUGCUCUUCUUGUGCUUUAGGGGUCUGGAGUAUCCCUUUAAUAGGGGUAGCUAGUUAGUAAAUUUUAGAUCAGGGAUAGACAACCUUUUAGCAGCACUGUGCCGAUAUAGGAUUGUGAUGUCCCGUAGCGUGCCGGUCCUAUUUUUUUUAAAUUGAGGUGUAUAUGCAGCCGUAUUCUGCUUGUGUUAUUUAUACUGUGUUACAGUACACCCCGGUAUAAGAGGGGUUAAUAUCGCUGAGGACGUUCCCUUUCCGAAUGAAGAAGCAGCUAACAGCAGUUCCAAUUAGCUGAACAGGAACCAUACGAAAUCCUUCACGAACCAAACAGCUGAACGAGUAAAUCAUCCGAAUCCAAUACCCCCAAGUAUGAGACCAAGCUUCGUAUUGAGGAUUAAGCAGAGAUCUGGUUUAUUGAGGGCUACCUGCCUGGUAUUUAUGCAGGUCUCCCACCUGGUGGACAUUCCCCUAGGGGACCAGAUGGAAGACUGGGACAAUGUGGAUACAGUAGCCAAUCACAGUGGCACAAGCAUAAACACUCCCCUUUGAUGUAGAUAAACCCUCCUCUCUAUCCUGGAGAUAAUUGGGAAGUAAUCAAAUUAUCUCCAUGGAUAGAGGCUAAACUCCAUUUUGUACCUGAACAUAAAGAUACAAUAAAAUCAAUAACUUUACAUUACACGAACAGAAUCCCCACAUUCAACGUAUCCCCAGAUAGCUGGGAUCUGAGCGCACAUUAUUACCGAAUGCCUCUCAGAUCCUAUGCAUGCAGUUCAAUCGCCAUGGAGCCAAAGUCUUUCACAUUGUCUUUCGGUAUACGAACGGGCUCCAUGGGAUGGCUAUCUGGGGUGCGUCUAUUCGUGUCGGAAAGUACCGAACGUACCGUGUGGGCUGUUAGUAUUAUUUGUAUGAGGGGAGGGUUAUUGUGCAUUUCUGUGUAAAUCUAGCAGUGUGGGUAGCUUCCCUGGGUUCCAGUGGGAACCAAGCUGGCCAGGUACAGGUCAAGGACAGGAGCUGCAACAGCAGCUGCAAGCUGCUCUACUACAUUGUGGAUUCCCAUUCACAAGUGUUGGGAGGAAGUGAUCUGCAAUGCAUAAAUUGAGGAUUGUCCUUCACCACCUCUUCGUAUUAGCAGAUAUCUGAAGUUUCACUGGGACUCCUGAUAGGCCAGAGCCUGUUUGGCUGUAGCAGCCUUGAGUACCGUGCAAAGACACCUUGAGUGCCGUGCAUGGCACUAGUGCCGUAGGUUGCCUACCCCUGCUCUAGAUUAUACUAAAUUCACAUUAUACUUCACAAGGACAUACUUGAAAACGAGAGAAAUCUCAAUGUAUCUUUCCUGGUAAAAUAUUUUAUAAAUCGAAUCUAAUAAAUAAUAGAUGUAAAAAGUUUUGUCACUAAGCUUGUGUAAUGGAAUGACAUUUGCCUUUCCCCGUAGAAAAAAAAUAGUUUCACUGGAAUCGCCUCUGCUCUCUCCAAAACAUGUUAACAAAAAAACUAAACAAUAUAAAAAAAAAUGUUCUUCAGGAGAAAUAUGUUUUAGUUUUUCUUGAUUGACCUUUACAAUGUGGCUGAUCAGUGUUGUUGGAUUUUUUUUUUCUCUUCUAGGAUUCUGAAGGACAGACACCUCUGCAUUAUGGUAAGUAAGGCACCCAUCCUCCCACUAGUGCAGUGUGAGAUCUAUAAUGAAUUGAAUGGCAGUAUUUUCAUUUUCUCCCCCUUUAUCUUCUAAACAUUGCUCUAUUUAUUACCCAGGUACCCCUUCAAAUAUCCAUAAUUUAACAGUUAUCCCUUGUUUUAAUCCUUUAUUUAACCAAGAAGCCUUAAUAUCGAAUUGCCUUACCAAAUUCCAUUAACCAUUUGCAAGUGAUAUGGGAUGGCAUGUAUUCCAGACUAGGGAUGGGGGUUGAGGGGAGGCAUUGUUGAUAUAGUGGGAUUACGGCAGUUUAUUGGGGGAGGGGACAUGAAUAUUAUGUAAUGCAUUGUGGCUGUUCAGGGAUGUUUUUUGUUUUGUUUAUUUUAUUAUACUGUAGUUGUGGUGUGAGAAUGGAACAUGGUAUGCGGGCAGUUAUCUGAAGGAGGAUGCCACAAGGAGGCGUCAGGUGACAAUGUGAUAUAGUUGCUAGAAGCACAUUGGAUUUUGAAGGGGGUGCCAUUGAGACUGAGGGGAUAGGUCAGAAUAUUGUGGUAGAGGGCACGGCUGAGGAAAUAUAGCUCGAGGAUUUGGGCUGUCGAAGGAAUAAGGGCAUACAUGCUUAGGGUGCGAUCAUCUAUUCUAUAUUGAGAGGGAUGGGACAUUGCUGUAGAUGAUGGUGUGUUAGAUAUUAAGGGAGUUGUAUAAAGUGACUGAAGGGAGGGAUCUAAGUGGGGAGAAAUUGUGGCUGCAGACGAGGUGUUCUGAGAGUGCAUCGUGGAAGGAUCUUGACUGUUGAGGAAAGGGACCAUGGUAUCUGAGGGAGAUUUGGUGGCGAAUAAGGGUAGAUGGGCAGGUAUUAGCAGUGAUGAAUUUUGGGAAGUAUAGCCUUCUGUUGUGCUUUGAGUAGCAAAAAGUCUGAAAUCUAAAAAUGUGUGUGUGUGUGUGUGUGUGUGUGUGUAUAUAUAUAUAUAUAUAUACUCUUGCCCAUUUCUUCAACACCUCUUUCAGUGUAACAAACCACAUAUUUUCAGAUUGAACAAUAGAAACUCCCUCCAUAGUUAACAACCCAAUCUUUCCAUCAUGGCCCCUGCAAUGUGGCAUAUUACUGAUUAUACCGGGCUUGGUGUUGAAUGAGAACUAUUAGUGUACAAUCCUGGCAAAUUCAAAGAAUGGGACACAAAAUUUGUUUAACACUUUGCAACUCAUAUACCUCUAGGAACAUUUCAGCAAGACAAAUGUUUCAUAUCCGUACAAACAAAAUGAGCAAAAAAUGUAAUGUAGUGAGAACUACUUAAAUGCCUGAAUAACACCCUAGGUCCAUUUAGUGAUUUUAUAUAUACAUAUACAAACACACACACACACACACACACACACACACAUAUAUAUAUAUAUAUAUAUAUAUAUAUAUAUAUAUAUAUAUAUAUAUAUAUAUAUAUAUAUAUAUAUAUAUACACACACACGGUUGCAAGAAAAAGUAUGUCAACCCUUUGGAAUGAUAUGGAUUUAUGCACAAAUUGGUCAUAAAAUGUAAUCUGAUCAUCAUCUAAGUCACAACAAUAGACAAUCACACAAAGAAUGAAAUGUUGCCAUGUUUUUAUUGAACACACCAUGUAAACAUUCAGAGUGCAGGUGGAAAAAGUAUGUGAACCCUUGGAUUUAAUAACUGGUUGAACCUCCUUUGGCAGCAAUAACUUCAACCAAAUGUUUCCUGUAGUUGCAGAGCAGACGUGCACAAUGGUCAGGAGUAAUUCUUGACCAUUCCUCUUUACAGAACUGUUUCAGUUCAGCAAUAUUCUUGGGAUGUCUGGUGUGAAUCGCUUUCUUGAGGUCAUGCCACAGCAUCUCAAUCGGGUUGAGGUCAGGACUCUGACUGGGCCACUUCAGAAGGCAUAUUUUCUUCUGUUUAAGCCAUUCUGUUGUUGAUUUACUUCUAUGCUUUGGGUCAUUGUCCUGUUGCAACACCCAUCUUCUGUUGAGCUUCAGCUGGUAGACAGAUGGCCUUAAGUUCUCCUGCAAAAUGUCUUGAUAAACUUGGGAAUUCAUUUUUCCUUCGAUGAUAGCAAUCCGUCCAGGCCCUGACGCAGCAAAGCAGCCCCAAACCAUGAUGCCCCUACCACCAUGCUUCACAGUUGGGAUGAGGUUUUGAGGUUGGUGUGCUGUGCCUUUUUUUUUCGCCACACAUAGUGUUGUGUGUUUCUUCCAAACAACUCAACUUUGGUUUUGUCUGUCCACAGAAUAUUUUGCCAGUACUGCUGUGGAACAUCCAGGUGCUCUUGUGCAAACUGUAAACGUGCAGCAAUGUUUUCUUUGGACAGCAGUGGCUUCCUCUUUGGUAUCCUCCCAUGAAAUCCAUUCUUUUUUAGCGUUUUACGUAUUGUAGAUUCGCUAACAGGGAUGUUAGCAUUUGCCUGUGACUUUUGUAAGUCUUUAGCUGACACUCUAGGAUUCUUCUUCACCUCACUGAGCAGUCUGCGCUGUGCUCUUGCAGUAAUCUUUACAGGACGGCCACCCCUAGGGAGAGUAGCAGCAGUGCUGAACUUUCUCCAUUUAUAGACAAUUUGUCUUACCGUGGACUGAUGAACAGCAAGGCUUUUGGAGAUACUUUUAUAACCCUUUCCAGAUUUAUGCAAAUUAAUCAAUUCUUAAUCGUAGGUCUUCUGAGAGCUCUUUUGUGCGAGGCAUCAUUCACAUCAGGCAAUGCUUCUUGUGAAAAGCAAACCCAGAACUGGUGUGUGUUUUUUAUAGGGCAGGGCAGCUGUAACCAACACCUCCAAUCUCAUCUCAUUGAUUGGACUCUGGUUGGCUGACAUCUCACUCCAAUUGUCAGAGAUGUCAUUAGUCUAGGGGUUCACAUACUUUUUCCACCUGCUCUGUGAAUGUUUACAUGGUGUGUUCAAUAAAAACAUGGCAACAUUUCAUUCUUUGUGUUAUUAGUUUAAGCAGACUGUGAUUGUCUAUUGUUGUGACUUAGAUGAUGAUCAGAUCACAUUUUAUGACCAAUUCGUGCAGAAAUCCAUAUCAUUCCAAAGGGUUCACAUACUUUUUCUUGCAACUGUGUAUAUAUAUAUAUAAUGUGUGUGUGUGUGUGUGUGUUUGUAUAUGUAUAUAUAAAAUCACUAAAUGGACCUAGGGUGUUAUUCAGGCAUUUAAGUAGUUCUCACUACAUUAAAUUUUUUGCUCAUUUUGUUUGUACGGAUAUGAAACAUUUGUCUUGCUGAAAUGUUCCUAGAGGUAUAUGAGUUGCAAAGUGUUAAACAAAUUUUGUGUCCCAUUCUUUGAAUUUGCCAGGAUUGUACACUAAUAGUUCUCAUUCAACACCAAGCCCGGUAUAAUCAGUAAUAUGCCACAUUGCAGGGGCCAUGAUGGAAAAAUUGGGUUGUUUCUAUGGAGGGAGUUUCUAUUGUUCAAUCUGAAAAUAUGUGGUUUGUUACACUGAAAGAGGUGUUGAAGAAAUGGGCAAGAGUUUAAUUUUCAGAUUUGUAGCAGGGCUUCAGACACAGAUCAUUGGAGUUCUACACACACCGUUAACACGGUGACCCAAUCUUCACAUACGAUGAUCUGUCUGCUUAAAGUACUCCCACACAGCAUCUGCCUGCCCCCAAGUAUAUAUUUUUAUUCUGUGCUGUUUGCUGCUCUUCUCACAUGAGUUAUCAGCCACCUGACAGCUACGGGUAAUAUCAGAGGUCAGACUCCGUGUAAAAUGUCUGUAAAUCCAUCUUUUCCUCUCAAGACCAUCCAAGGUCGCCCAUCAGUUUCCCCUCCCUCUUGGUUGCCUCCUCCAUUCAUGAGUUGCCCUGAGAGAGGGCUGUAAAUGGCUCUCUACAUUUCCCAGUGGAAAUUGGCUGUCUCUAGAUGUUUUGUUUUAUUUUUGUAUUGUGAGAGGGGUUGAGAUCAGAAUUGUCCCCAUCUGUUGCAGGAGGAGGCGGGAGAAAAUGCAUGCCUCAUGUCAUCACUUUUUAAAAAGAAAUGUAAUCUUGGUUUUGAAGUGGUAGCCUUUCUUAGAUAAAACAUAAUUACUUUCCAAAAAAUAUUUGAAGUAAUGUUUGAGGAGCCUUUUAAAGAUGUCAUCUGCUAUGAGUUAAAUCCCAGGCGGUGCUGGUGUGUCUAUAUAUAGCAGUUCUGAUGAAACCGGCGAGGAUAGCUAAAGCAACAAAUUUCUCAUGAGCAGUUUAUGGAAUUUAAUAAGUGGAAUUCAAGUUGUACCCUAAAUGAUUUGAUCAAAAACACACUUUAAUCCUUUCCAGGAAGCAUAGCAAUGUAAAAUGGAAAGUCAGAAAAAUAAAGCGGAAAGAUUUUCCAAUGUAAAUUAAAUCCUUUAAAGCAACACGCCGAACUUACCUUUCCCCAAUCGCUUCCUCUUCUCUUCCUCUCUCAGGAUCUGUUCUUCAUUUCUUCCUGUCUGCUCUAUUUUUCUUUAAAACAUAAGUCAAAGUAGGGACUAUUUUUUCUUAUAUAUUUGUCGUACACCUGACCAGCUAUGACAAGCAGAGGAGAAGUGUGCUCCAUUUCCUGUGGUUAGAGCAAUUUACCACAAUUUCCUCCGUGAUCUCGCAAUGCCUCCUUUCUAUUGCCAAAUGUCCUCUCAUUUAGACAGAACGCUGGCAAAACUACCGAAUUUCGUCCUAACAGAAUGAGAACAGUUUGUUUAUUCAUGUUAGGGGCACAUUCGUUACUUUUAAUUCGGUUUGAAAUUUCAUUAGAAUGAAUUAAAUUCCAAUCCGAUCCAUGCUGUGGCUGCCGCUUAGUAGAUAGCUCCCUAAUUCCCACGGUAUCAGCCAAAUUUACUAAUACUAAGUAAAUAUUACUUAGUAUUAGUAAAUUCUCCUACUGAACUAAUGAGCGAGGGGGAGGACAUAGUGUCUCCCCACUCGAGGCCCUGCUGUCGCCAUGAGCGACAGGUGGGGGCCCUUAGUAACAAGGGAGGACCUAUUGUCUCCCGGCCCCGACCCGUGAGCAACAGGUGGGGGCCCUAAUUAUCAAGGGGGGAGGGGAACAUAUUGCAUCCCACCCAUGAGUGACGGGUGGGGGCACUAAGUAACAUGGGGGGGAGGGGGAGACACCCUAUUGUCUGGCCCCCACCCAUGAGCGACCGGUGGGGGCACUAUUUAACAUAAGAGGGGGACCCUGUCACUCCUCCCAGCUUACGACAGGAGCCGCGCGGGAGGCAGAGAGGAGGGAGUCAGUGGGAACUCUGACACCCAUCAGGCUGAGCCACAACUGGACCCCACGGAAUUCGCCCUCCUGCAUCUAAAAGGUAGGAAACAGGAGGGUGACUAAAAUAUUGUGUAUAUGUUUGUGUGUGUGUAGCGGUGUGCUGGUCUAGCCACUGCUGUCCUAGAAAUUUCACAUUUAAAAGUUGUGAUCCUGUCCUUUAGUUUACUUAAAAGAAAUUUACACGCCAGUUUGUAAUUGUUUUUUGUUUUUAAAUUAAGGGCAGCCUAGUUCAGCACAAACAACCCUCCAUAAGUAGAUGUGUCUCUGAGAUUGAAGCUUUUUAACACCUAAUAGAAGUAGAUCAAAAGCAACUUGGUUUGGGCCCGAUUUGGGCAGUGAUAGCUAACCUUGUCAUUUUAGAUAUAGACUACAUUUCCCAUGAUACUCAGCCAGCAGAAAGGCUGCACAAAUAGCAGACGUGUACAGCUUCUCCAUCAAUGACUUAGUGGGGAUACAGAGUCAACAAAUGGUAAAACGGAUUAUUUAUUCCUUUGUAGUGUAAUGGGGAAUUCUAUUAAUAAAUCAUGGCAUUGUUCUAUUGCACACUAUCCAAAUAAUUUUUUUUUUACAUAUAACUAAAAUGACUACAUUUUUAUGCUUAGAAACUCAAGGAAAAAAGACGCUGGUUUCAUUGUAGUAUGAUUUAUUUAAGAUUCUCACAGCAUUAACAUGACUUCUGUCUAUGGGAUGUUGCAUGCUCUAAUAAAUCUCUCUGCACUGCAGCCUCUGCCUGUGAGUUCCCGGAUAUAGUCGAUCUUCUCCUUGACCACGGUGCUGACCCUUCUCUCGUUGACAACGAUGGUUUUCAGCCACACGAGGCAACCGACAGCAAAGAAAUCUCUAAUAUGCUGCUACAGCACUCCUCCUAUGGCGAACACGACAAGCCCCCCAGCCUUUCAGAAAUCCCAAAAUAAAUCUCAUCCUGCAAAUUCACCUGAGGCCUCAUCUAGUCAUUUUCUAGGACUUCCGUUUUUGUUUUCUUUCAUUCUUUAUUGCCUCCUUUUGUAACUCUGUAUGUAAGAACAUAUGAAGAAGUCAAGUGUUUUUUUUUUUGGUUUUAGUUUGCUCGUUUUCGGAGCAUAAAAUAUGAACUGGUGAAAAUUCUGGUUGUCUUAUUUUAAACUGAGAAUUGCGGUUAUUUUAUUUUAAGUUUUGUGCAAAUGAAGAGAAAUGUAUUUCCUUCUCUUGAAUUUCACUGACACAGGUAAUUGUGCAGCACGAAAGGGUGAAAAUUGCAUGUGCCAGUUCCUUCUACAGCAAUGCUUCUUAACCCCUGGGUUGGGACUCAAAAUUGGCCCAGUGGUUCCCCAUUUGUAGGGUCAGGUCACAGGCAUCUGCCAACUCUAAGUUGUUUACUGUAGGAGUACUGCCAUUGCCUUUGUAAUGGAGGAGACUUUGACACUGGUUUGAGUUGAAUACAUGUGUUUUUACAUUACAUUUUUAGAAUGUGACACUGAAUACAUUUUGCAAUAACAUGCAUAUUAUGACAAAUUGGUCCCUGACAAAAAAGUUUUAUGAACCCGCUGUUUUGCUGUUUGGAUGCCUCAGCCUAGGUUAGCAAAGAUUUUUUGAACACAUAAUAUCUAUUAUAGGCUACUUUCCUUGGGAAAUAAAAUUUAAUGAUUAUUCCAUUGAGUUCUGCAUUGUGUGUACCACACUAAACCCUAUUUGUGUGUGUAAAUAAGUUUAUAUGAUAUCUAUUACUCUUUAGAAUAAUAUUCCUGUUAAUUGAAUUGUAUGAUCAACAGAUGUGAGUUGGGGAGGAAACAGUAUUUAUACAUCUCUCUGUAUCCAUCUUUUCUUUGUAUUGGUAGUGCCGUGUUUUAGUAAAUAUCACUACAUAGGUUUCGGAUUAUUUUUAAAAGAAAAGCGUAUUCUGAAAUCUAUGUAUAUAUGUAUGAGCACCACUUGCAUCUUAGAUUCAACAUAAUUCAAGUAUUGGGCCGUAUGUAUAGAAAGAGAAAUUUUGUUACAAAAUAAAUAGUCACCAUUUAAACCAAUGAGAUGUUUCUUUCUAUACAUAAGGACACAUUGUUCUGCAUUUAGGCAAGUAUUUAACAGCAAAUUAAGAUAUGCAAAAUUUGCCUUAACUGUGUAAAACUGGAAAGAUAAGUGCCAUUUGUGAAACCUAUUUAUGGCCCUUCAACAUGGUAUUAUCUCUUAAUUUGUAGUUGUUAAUUAUCACAACAUUGUCCUUUAAAACAUUAUAAAAACAACUGUCUCUGUGCCCAGUUGAGGGUGAUCUUUGAAUCCAUUAAAAAUAUAUAAAAUCAUAUAGUCUUUUUUUUUUUCUAAAACUUGUAUAAAUCUUUAAGGCAGGGAUACAGAACAAUUCUUUGUAUCAUCUACUAAAUGGUUAAUAAAUAUGGCAUAAUUGUUGCUUGAAGCAAG